UUCGCGUUAAAAAAAUCUCGAUCUCGAAAUAACAACGCGAGUUAUAUAAUAAUCGUACUGGAAACGUACACCGCCUAUCGCAAACUCAAAGGAAAACGUCAUAAAAUGCUUAAACUCCGCGUCCGACUCCCCUCUAUUUUUACCACUCUCGACGUCGCGCCGCGUCGAAUUCCGCGCCCAUAAAGCCAGUCACCUGUGACAACACGAGUGCACGGGGUUGAAAAAAUAGCCAGCGCUGUAAAUAUCUAGCCGCGUCUCCCGUCGCAGUUUCAACCCCCAGUUGGUUACAACUAAAACAGUAAAACAACCGGAUGGUAAAAGUGUCCCGGCGCAAACACGACCCGCGUGCGUCAUCGUAGUCCUACGCAAAGGAAGCGCGGGCACAAAAGAGCACCGGAGAUAUCCGCGAAAGACGGAAGGGUCACUCGUUGGGCCGGAGAUCGCGUGGGUAUAACGGUGGCGCGUGCGCGGAACCCCCGCAGCUCUCAGCUCUCACCCUCUCGAUCAACCCCACCACCCCAUUCAUGGACAUCAACCCUGGAGAGUACGCGGUGCGCCUACCAUUGUGGCACACCGACAGUGUCCGACACGUUGUCAUUAGUGCGACACGGGUAUGUCAGCGAACGUGGCGAGCGACGAUCCACCCGAAAUCGGGAUCGUCGAUCACACCAUGAACAACGGCGGCCCUCUCUAUCCCAUAGAGGUGUGCGAGGCCACCAUCGCGGUCAACGAGACGCAGAAUCCCGAGAGUCGUCAUCAACGCGUCAAAGAAUUCGACGGGACCACGGUAUUGUGUCGUGUCUGCGGGGACAAAGCGUCCGGUUUUCACUAUGGGGUACACUCCUGCGAGGGAUGCAAGGGAUUCUUCCGGCGCAGCAUUCAGCAGAAGAUCCAGUACAGACCCUGCACGAAGAAUCAACAGUGCAGCAUCCUGCGUAUCAACAGGAACCGCUGCCAGUAUUGCCGUCUCAAAAAGUGUAUCGCUGUCGGGAUGAGUCGUGAUGCGGUGCGAUUCGGCCGUGUGCCCAAGCGCGAGAAGGCCAGGAUUCUGGCUGCUAUGCAGCAAAGCUCCCACAGCCGUUCUCAAGAGAAGGCAGUAGCGGCCGAGCUAGAGGACGAGCAACGUCUCUUGGCCACCGUUGUGCAAGCUCAUCUCGACACAUGCGACUUUACCAGGGACAAGGUAGCUCCGAUCCUGGUCAGAGCUCGAGAGACGCCUAACUAUACCGCGUGUCCACCGACCUUGGCAUGCCCCCUAAACCCCAAUCCUCAACCGUUGACUGGGCAGCAAGAAUUGUUGCAAGACUUCUCGAAGAGGUUCUCACCAGCGAUACGUGGUGUGGUGGAGUUCGCGAAACGCAUUCCUGGCUUUAGCCUACUGGCACAGGACGAUCAGGUCACGCUGUUGAAGGCCGGCGUGUUCGAAGUGUUGUUGGUACGGCUGGCCUGCAUGUUCGACGCUCAAACGAACAGCAUGAUCUGUCUAAAUGGACAGGUGCUCAAACGGGAAUCGAUCCAUAAUAGCAGUAACGCUCGAUUUCUCAUGGACUCGAUGUUCGAUUUCGCCGAGAGGGUGAACUCCUUGCGGCUAUCGGACGCGGAGCUGGGACUGUUCUGUUCGGUAGUUGUGAUCGCCGCGGAUAGACCAGGAUUACGCAACACAGAGCUGGUCGAGCGCAUGCACAAUAAACUACGGAACGCUCUCCAAACUGUCCUGGCACAGAACCAUCCUCAGCAUCCGGAUAUCUUGAGAGAACUGCUGAAAAAGAUCCCAGACUUGAGAACUCUGAACACUCUCCACUCGGAGAAAUUGUUGGCCUUUAAAAUGACCGAGCAACAACAGCAAAUGCAAGCUCAACAACAGCACCAGCAACAGCAACAGCAAACGCAGCACGUGAUCAACGCUCAGCAACCGCAGCAACAACAUUGGCCCAUGGAGGAGGAACCACCUGCAUCUUGGGGUUCAGCCUCGGAUGUAACUCUAGACGAGGCCGUGAAGAGUCCCCUAGGCAGCGUGUCGAGCACCGAAAGCGCGGAAGUCGCUUCUCUAACGGAGUACCAUCACGUGGCCCCUCCAAGUGGUCACCACGCGUCCAGCGCUCCUCUUCUAGCUGCUACCCUAGCUGGUGGUCUUUGUCCUCAUCGUCGACGAGCGAACUCAGGAAGUACGAGUUCCGGCGACGAUGAACUACAUCGUGCCUCUCUCUCGAAGACGCCUCAGCCACCUCAGUGUCCACGAUUCCGUAAGCUAGACUCUCCAAGCGACAGCGGUAUCGAAUCAGGCACUGAAAAGCCAGAUAAACCAGCAAGCAGCAGUGCCAGCAGUGCACCGACCUCCGUCUGCUCCAGUCCCCGUUCCGAGGACAAAGAAGUUGAAGACAUGCCCGUGCUGAAACGAGUACUUCAAGCACCUCCGUUGUACGAUACUAAUUCUCUCAUGGACGAGGCGUACAAGCCUCACAAAAAGUUCCGCGCGCUACGCCAGAAAGACAGUGCAGAAGCUGAGCCAGCAGUGAUCGUACAGCACACGCAGUCGCAGCUUCAUCUUCACCUAACCUCGCCACCGGCUCGAAGUCCGUCGAAUCAAGUACAAGCUCAAUGUCCUCAAACGGCCAGUCUAUUGAGCAGCACGCACUCGACGUUAGCCAGAAGCCUGAUGGAGGGUCCACGAAUGACGGCCGAGCAACUGAAACGUACGGACAUCAUUCACAACUAUAUCAUGCGCGGAGAGGCGAGUCCCAGGUCGCCAACUGCAUCGCCCUCGCCGGCGGAGCAGUGCGCCUCCACGACCACGAUCACCGCCCGUUCACCCCAAGGAUCUCAAGGGCUGCUACAGUGCGCUACCAGCAGCUACUCGACAACCAGAUGGCCCGCUACGUCCGUCAUUACAACGACGACGGGCGCCCGGCAGCAACAGCAACAACAACAACAGCAACAGCAACAGUCUUCCUCGGACUACCUCAUGGUCGGGAACUCGCCGGCCUCGUCGCCAAGGUACUUAUCCGCGGCGGCGACGAGUAGUACGAGCACGAGUCCACGGCCUGCCUCGAGUACGGCAGCGACGCUCGUCCUGUCCGGCUGCCCGAGCAACAUGAUGGAGCUACAGGUGGACAUCGCGGACAGCCAACAACCGUUGAAUUUGUCGAAGAAAUCACCGUCCCCGUCGCCCAGGCCGUUGGUAGGCCCGUGCAAGGCGUUGUCUCUCGAAGCGUAGUGGUCUCAUGGGGUCGUAUGAACGUGUCUUGUUGUUCGUGACGGAUGACGGGUCGUUGUUUGCCCCCCUCCUCCACGCUCUACCAGCCAAGUCCCGCGACAACGCAGUUACGGCGCUUACGGAGCAGCGCAGCCCACCUAUUAAACGAAGCGACGUCACGGAUGGACGGUGUGUUUCGUCGCGACGAAUUCUUUUUUUUUUUUUUUG